UUUCAUCAAGCAUUAGACAAUCAUCACCGUCCAAUUUGCAUAAUCCAGCUCCCAGAGAGUAGAGAACUCCGGUCCCCAUUCUUCGUCUUCUAAUUCCUUCUCUUCUCCGUUGCCUUUCUCGAUUUAGCUGAAUACCACAAUCCUUAAAGCGAAUCUGUGACGCUUCUCGCUAUGGCACCCAUUAGGGGCAUUUUUACGUUGCAAAGAGCUACUUUGAUUCGUCGUCAUAGUGAUAAGUGGAAUAUAGGCUUCAAAUCAUUCAGUACCCAAGCUGCAACAAAUGCUGGUAGUCCACAGCCUCCACCACCUCCUCCACCUCCGGAGAAAACCCAUUUUGGUGGUUUGAAAGAUGAGGACCGGAUUUUUACCAACUUGUAUGGGUUGCAUGACCCUUUUCUCAAAGGUGCCAUGAAACGGGGUGACUGGUAUAGAACUAAGGAAUUGGUACUUAAGGGUGCUGAUUGGAUUGUUAAUGAAGUCAAGAAGUCUGGCCUCCGAGGACGUGGUGGUGCUGGUUUCCCCUCUGGUCUGAAAUGGUCAUUCAUGCCAAAAGUAUCUGAUGGCCGCCCUUCCUAUCUCGUGGUCAAUGCUGAUGAAAGUGAACCUGGAACUUGCAAAGACAGGGAAAUUAUGCGCCAUGAUCCACACAAGCUGUUAGAGGGCUGCUUAAUUGCUGGGGUGGGAAUGAGAGCCUCUGCUGCUUAUAUCUACAUUAGGGGUGAAUAUGUGAAUGAACGUAAAAACCUGGAAAGAGCACGAAAGGAAGCUUAUGAAGCUGGGUUUUUGGGCAAGAAUGCAUGUGGAUCAGGCUAUGAUUUUGAUGUUCAUAUCCACUAUGGUGCUGGUGCUUAUAUUUGUGGUGAAGAGACUGCUCUUUUAGAAAGCCUAGAAGGAAAACAAGGGAAACCAAGGCUGAAGCCUCCCUUCCCAGCCAAUGCAGGGUUAUAUGGCUGCCCCACAACUGUUACAAAUGUGGAAACAGUGGCGGUGUCUCCCACCAUUUUGAGGCGUGGACCAGAAUGGUUUGCUAGUUUUGGUAGGAAGAACAAUUCUGGGACAAAAUUGUUUUGUGUGUCAGGUCAUGUGAAUAAGCCUUGCACAGUUGAAGAGGAGAUGAGUAUUCCUCUAAAAGAGUUAAUAGAUAGGCACUGUGGAGGUGUUCGAGGUGGAUGGGAUAAUCUACUUGCAAUAAUACCAGGGGGUUCUUCUGUCCCAUUGAUUCCCAAGCACAUAUGUGAUGAUGUGCUAAUGGAUUAUGAUGCACUUAAGGCUGUCCAGUCAGGGCUGGGGACUGCAGCCGUGAUUGUGAUGGAUAAAUCUACUGAUGUUGUGGAUGCAAUUGCAAGGUUGUCAUACUUCUACAAGCAUGAAAGCUGUGGGCAGUGCACUCCUUGCAGGGAGGGGACAGGGUGGCUUUGGAUGAUCAUGGAAAGGUUGAAGGUUGGGAAUGCAAAGUUGGAAGAGAUAGAUAUGCUUCAAGAGGUGACAAAACAAAUUGAAGGUCACACUAUCUGUGCAUUGGGUGAUGCUGCAGCUUGGCCUGUGCAGGGCCUCAUCAGGCAUUUUAGACCAGAGCUUGAAAGAAGGAUUAAGGAGCGUGCAGAGAGGGAGUUGCUGGAGGCUGCUGCAUAAGGUUUUCUAUACGGGAAAUGAUGCCAAUGAUGGACCUUGUGGAAUAAAUGAACUACCGUUUAGUUUGGUGGUUAGUUGACUCUGGCCUCAAGCAGUCGUAUUAGAUCUCUUUUUUGUUUUAGAACUGUAUCAAAUAUGAGUUUCACUGCUCCAGAGAAAUAGUGAUUUUAUCUGGGAAGUGAUGAGUUCUUAUUAAUUAAUGUGUUUUAACAUUUAUCUGGGAAACCUUUUUGAAGGAAAAAGAAGCAACAAACGUUAAUAAUAUCCAUAUUUCAACUCUUUGAUAA